AUGAGUUUAGUCGAUACAUAUACCGAUCGUAGACUUCGAUCGGGAACAAAACAAAUUACCAUCUCGUUAGAAAGCACGAUUUCAAUUCGAUCCAAGAAAUAUGGAUCAUCAAAUCAGUUGGUUCGAAAUCGUACACUUCCUCUGGCAUCGUUGUUUCUUAUUUCACGUGUGUUAAGCUGCUGCUGGAUCACGAUCGAGUAGGGACUGGCAACAAUAACGAAUACAACAUCAAUGUUGGCUUCAUCAUCAUCAAAACUAAGCCAUGCUACGCUUGUUCAUCGUUAUCCACCAUCAAAACUUCAUUCUGAAGAAGAAAUGAGUGACACUGUCUUUUCAUCUGAUGAAAACGAAAUGAAUUACAAACGUGAGAAUGUCACCCACAAAGACGAUGAAAAUCUACAAUGCGAAGAAUUUGAAGAAACGCCGCUGUACGCAGCGAUCUUAACUUAUUUGAGUUACGCAAUACUCUGUUUAUUUGGAUGGCUAAGAGAUUUCCUACGCAAUUCAAACAUAGAAAAGAAACGCGGUGCUGUAGACCCAAAUGCUGCAUUAGGCUUUGUACCUCUAUACCAGAGCUAUGAGUCAUUCUAUACGCGAAACAUGUAUACGCGUGUUCGUGAUAUUUUCAAUCGACCGAUUGCUAGUGUGCCAGGUGCACAAUUCGAAUUAACUGAACGUAUCUCGGACGAUUACAACUGGACAUACAGAUAUACCGGCAAAACCAUCAAUGCAAUCAAUUUAGGCUCAUAUAAUUAUCUGGGCUUUGCAGAGAAGUCAGGGCCGUGUGCAACAGAUGCUAUUAACGCACUUAAAACAUAUGGUGUUAGUAGUUGUAAUACACGAAUUGAAUUAGGAACACAACGGUACCAUGUCGAACUCGAACAGCUCCUUGCUAACUUUCUUCAUGUGGAAAGUUCAAUUGCGUUUGGAAUGGGUUUCGCAACGAAUGCUCUCAAUAUCCCUGCUGUAGCAUCGAAAGGAGAUCUGAUCUUAAGUGAUGAGAUGAACCAUAUUUCAUUGAUCUUGGGUAUGCGUCUAUCGGGUGCUAGUUACCAGACAUUCGCACAUAAUGAUAUGAAAGAUUUGGAAGCCAAAUUACGCGCAGCUAUUGUUCAUGGUCAUCCACGUACUCAGCGACCAUGGAAGAAGAUCAUCAUCGUCGUUGAAGGUGUUUACAGUAUGGAAGGUUCCAUCUGUCGAUUGCCGGAAUUGAUUGCACUGAAGAAGAAAUACAAAGCGUAUUUGUAUAUGGACGAAGCGCAUUCCGUUGGAGCUAUGGGAAAGAAUGGUCGCGGGAUCAUGGAUUAUUUUGGUAUCGAUGCAAACGAUGUCGACAUUCUCAUGGGAACUUUUACAAAAAGCUUUGGAUCAGCCGGUGGUUACAUUGCAGGCAAAAAGUCAUUAAUUGAUCAUAUUCGAGUGAAUUCACAUGCGAAUACUUAUGCAUCGAGUAUGUCAGCGCCUGUUGUCCAACAAAUUAUUUCUUCUCUUCAACUAUUGAAACGUCCUGAAGGGCAAAAACGUAUUUGUCAGUUGGCUGACAACACACGUUAUUUUCGACAGAAAUUAGUCGACAUGGGCUUUAUUGUAUACGGAAAUAAGAACUCUCCAGUAGUUCCAAUGCUAAUCUAUAUGCCUGCACGAGUUACGCGCUUCAAUCGUGAAAUGCUUCGUCGAGGUAUCGCUGUCGUGACAGUGGGCUUUCCGGCGACAAAGUUAUUAGAUGCGCGUGUGCGAUUCUGUAUAUCAGCUGCACACACACGGCAAAUGCUCGACACUGCUUUAAUGGCAAUAGACGAAAUCGGGACAGACAUAUCAUUGAGAUAUUCAACUCGGCAUCAAUCUCGACGGUUACGAGAGUUGUGA